UCUGUAGCUCACGUGGGGCUGAUCGAGAGGCGUUGUGCUUGGGCCUCACCCUCCGUUCUGUUAGGACAGCUGUUACUUGUUUAGGAUACGUCAAGAUGCACAAGUUUAAGACAAUUUUGUUUCUACUUCUUCUCUUCGCUUUCUCAACUGCACAGACUGCGCUUUCCGCAACGUCAACAUCUUCGAUUCAACCAACACGACAGACUCGGAUGUCACACGUAUGUGGUCAGGACUACAACUGCUCUGACGUCGAAAUCGUCGGUCAACCGUGUCAAUGCGAACAGACAUGUAUUCUCCGCGGAGACUGCUGCCGCAUGACGUUUGAGGUUUGCUUUCCCAACGUCACUUUUAACGACACGGGCAAUGGACCGAUGCCAGAACAAAAUCAGACAUCUCAAUUUCUAUGUGAAACAAUAGGAUGUCGAUCUGUAGUGUUACAAGUAUUGCCUUGUCAGUGUGAUUCUGGAUGCGCAGCCCGUGGGGACUGCUGUGGGGAUUAUACCACUGUUUGUCAUACCCCUUUGACGCCGACUCCCUUGGACAUUCAGACGACUACCACCGCAGCGGAUAAAAAUGUAUUUUUGACUCCGACAGUGAAGGCAACUCAAUUCCUAUGUGAAACAAUAGGAUGUCGAUCUGUAAUGUUACAAGUAUUGCCUUGUCAGUGUGACUCUGGAUGCGCAGCCCGUGGGGACUGCUGUGGGGAUUAUACCGCUGUUUGUCACAUUCCUUCGACGCCGACUUCCUUGGACAUCCAGACUACUACCACUGCAACGGAUAGAAAUGUAUUUUUGACUCCGACGGUGACGGCAACUCAAGCUCAAUCACCCGACUCGACUGAAGUAGUCGCAACUCAACAGUGGUCUUCCGCGUCGUCAACGUCGUCGGCGCUGCCGGUUUCGAGCAGCGCGACCGAGCCACCGACGGGCGACAGAUCCAGUGAGAACCCGACGAAUGCGACGCUAUCCGUUCCGACGGUCGAGGCGGUGCCCGGUUGUUACCUCUACGGAUGCAAUAACCGGUCCGACGCGUACGAGUGUCAGUGCGACAGCGAGUGUUUAUUUCGAUUGGACUGCUGCGACGAUGCGAUCAAUUUGUGUGCGGGAAGCGAGGUCGGGACGUUCUCACCGACGUUACCGUUUACGUGCGCGGAAAUCGGAUGCGGGAGUACGGGUGCGCGUUGCAGUUGCGUUUCAGAUUGUCUCAUUACGAGCAAGUGUUGUGGUGACUACACAACGGAAUGCUCUCUCACUGAAACUUCUCUUCCUACGUCGACAACUUCAGCCAUUCCUACAAGACUGCCGUCGUGCGUGGCUCUAAGCAAGAUUCUCAACAAAUCAGCUUGUGCUUUUCGAGACGGACAGCUGUGUCAGUGUGAUUCCCGUUGCUCCGUUGCUGAUGACUGUUGCCCGGACAUUGAUGUUUCAAUAUGUGCUCCGACACCCGGCCCGACCACACCGUCUCUUCCUACAACUGAGAGGGCAACGACGGUGUUAGUGACCCGGGCUUCUACAAAGCCUCCUCCAUUAUUGUGUGCUAAUGAAGGAUGCGACGUGUACAAUCCGGACGCUCCUUGCCAAUGUUUACCAAACUGCGUGACGUAUCGAGACUGUUGCAGUGAUUUUGUGAAUUUUUGUAAGUACAAUGGCACUUUUUCCCCACCAACCACUUCUUCGACUUCAUCGAGAUCUUCGACCACUGUGAGGGCAUCUAGAAAGCCUCCUCCAUUAUUGUGUGCUAAUGAAGGAUGCGACGUGUACAAUCCGAACGCUCCUUGCCAAUGUUUACCAAACUGCGUGACGUAUCGAGACUGUUGCAGUGAUUUUGUGAAUUUUUGUAAGUACAAUGGCACUUUUUCCCCACCAACCACUUCUUCGACUUCAUCGAGAUCUUCGACCGCUGUGAGGGCAUCUAGAAAGCCUCCUCCAUUAUUGUGUGCUAAUGAAGGAUGCGACGUGUACAAUCCGAACGCUCCUUGCCAAUGUUUACCAAACUGCGUGACGUAUCGAGACUGUUGCAGUGAUUUUGUGGAUUUUUGUAAGUACAAUGGCACUUUUCCCCCACCAACCACUUCUUCGACUUCAUCGAGAUCUUCGACCACUGUGAGGGCAUCUAGAAAGCCUCCUCCAUUAUUGUGUGCUAAUGAAGGAUGCGACGUGUACAAUCCGAACGCUCCUUGCCAAUGUUUACCAAACUGCGUGACGUAUCGAGACUGUUGCAGUGAUUUUGUGAAUUUUUGUAAGUACAAUGGCACUUUUUCCCCACCAACCACUUCUUCGACUUCAUCGAGAUCUUCGACCACUGUGAGGGCAUCUAGAAAGCCUCCUCCAUUAUUGUGUGCUAAUGAAGGAUGCGACGUGUACAAUCCGAACGCUCCUUGCCAAUGUUUACCAAACUGCGUGACGUAUCGAGACUGUUGCAGUGAUUUUGUGGAUUUUUGUAAGUACAAUGGCACUUUUCCCCCACCAACCACUUCUUCGACUUCAUCGAGAUCUUCGACCACUGUGAGGGCAUCUAGAAAGCCUCCUCCAUUAUUGUGUGCUAAUGAAGGAUGCGACGUGUACAAUCCCAACGCUCCUUGCCAAUGUUUACCAAACUGCGUGACGUAUCAAGACUGUUGCAGUGAUUUUGUGGUUUUUUGUGAGCACAAUGGCACUUUACCUUCAUCAGUUGCUUCUCCAUCUUUAUCGAGAUCUUCGACCGCCGUGAAAGCUUCUACAGCAUCGAGUGGAACUGAAACCAUUGCGACUGCGACUUUAGGUGGGGCAGGAACAACUGGACCUCCACCAGCACCGACUGGUAGCUCGAAGUCUUGGAUUGCUAUAUCAUCACCGUCUCGUAAAACAGUGGAGUCUACCACGUCACGUUCGUCUUCAUCUGGCUUUGCUUCUUUUGCAAGUUCAUCUUCGGGUGUAGUUAUUACCGCCGUGCCUUCUUCGUCGCCAACUCCUAAUAAAAUAGCAACUACUGCAAGUCUAGUUUCGACUGUGGUGGAGAACAUAACGCGAGGCAGUCCAUCACUAGUGCCUGCUUCUGCAGCCUCGUUAUCGCCGUCGACUCGUGGAGCAACUAAUACUUCUCCAACAAUUCGUUUAUCGACAACGCUUACCAGCAAAGAAGUUACAACUUUUUCUACAACUGGACGUAUAUCAACAGCAUCUUUUGCAAAAGGAACUAGCUUGGCUCCAACAAGUCUUGUAGCAACAGCGUCUUCUGGAAAAGGAACUUUAUUGUUUCUAACAAGUCGUUUAUCAACAGCGUCUUCUGCGAAUGAAGGUAGAAAACCAUCAUCGUCUCCGUCUCUGACUGAAUCCGUUCACGUUCACGGAUCGACGUCAUCUUUAUCAAGUCGUCCUGUUUCUACGUCGACUACGAGUUCAACAUCUAUCUCAACUGCUGCGCUAACUAAAAGGUCUUGGUCGUCUCGUCAAGCUGUUGUCGCUACUUUUACAUCUUCGCAUAGGGCGACAACAAGUGCAUCUUUACCUGGUCCAGUCACUUCUGCAAACCUUUCAGCGAUGUCACCUCUCUUUUCUACGGUAAGUCCACGUCAAGUGACGGCUUCAGCUCGCACUGGAACAAGUACUAAACAAGUCGACGUUAUGGCAACUAUCCCACUGGAUCAACAAAAACACGUCAACAGUUUGACAGAGGAUGAGAAAAAGAAUUGUCUCACAAUGAAUUUUGCUAAAGUAGAACUCUCCGUAUGGAUUCGAUUGCACGAGGAAUCUUUCAGGCAAGCGAUUGCUGUUGCAUUGAGGGAAUCGUCUUCUAACAGACGGAAAAGGGCGGUCGCCGACGCGACGGCUAACGAUGUCAUCUACGUCGCACCUACUCCGCAAAUCGUCGACAACUAUCUCCGAGUUGUUUUCUUCGUUCGCGACUGCGGAUCGACGAUAAAAACGGUAGAAAUCUCUCUUCUGCAGCAAGCAGUGGUCAAGCAGAAAACUCAAAUAGGAAGAAGGGUGAGUGUUUUAGUGGUAUCGAUUCGACAAGGCAUACCUCAAGAUUUAGUUGAUGACAGCUCAGACAAUACGAUACUGAUCAUUGCGAUAGUCUGUUCUGUUGCUGUCGCCAUGUUGAUUCUCAUCUACGUUUUGGUUCGACAUCGUUUAAAGUAUAACGUCACAGGCAGCCGAUACGGAGGAGACUAUAGUCUGUUGAACAUAAACGACGUUAUCGACGAUUUUGCUGAACCGACAUCGGUUACGAUGUACAGGAUGUACAGGAAGAAAGAAGACGACAGUUCUUCAGACGUCGUGGCGAUGACUACAUUUGGCUCAGGGAAUGAAAAGAACACUCACUUAAAGACGAUGGCUUAACUGACUCAGUGAGGUUUGUUUUUGUAAUAAUGUCUAAUGAGAAUUUCACUCAGGGGGAGAAGCUCUUUUUGAUAGGAGCCGAAAAUUUUGUAACAGCUAGACUGCCGCCAUUUGAUUUUAACUGAAUAUUCUUGGUUUGUCAUUGACCUGUGACAGAAGUAGCCAGAGCAGAAUGGACAUAAAUGAUUACGACAAUGUGUAUCAAGCAAGUCAACUACAACAGGUACCAUCCAAUAUUUUAUAUCUACUUGCAAGCAACAAAACUUCUAAACUAGUUUUUUCGAGUAUUGGAGGGGCGAAGCCCCCACAAUCCCGAUAUUGGAGAUGCAUCUGACCCUCCUUCCCCUGGUUCGCCGCUCCUGUCACUUAAUUAGUUCUUCGUUCUUUCUGUUGUAGAGACUCAAAGUAGUUGAGUCUAUUCCAGGGGCGGAUACAGGAUGGGGCACCUGGAACACGUUCCUCCCCCGGCAGUGCAAUGCUAGUCUGGCGUUAUAAGACUGCAAUUUGGCUUUUUACAUACCAGAAUGCAAUUGUUCUACGUUAGUGGUAGAAGGACCCUAGAGGUACUGUAUAUGUACUGAAUGUCAUGUUCUGGUCUGUGAGACACAAACCGGGGGAGCUGACUUAGUGAGGGAGAGUUGACGACCUACCCAGGUAAGUGCAGCCACCGCAUGACAUGGGGGCGUUCGAUUGGGCUCUUCCAGAAGAGGCUCCGUAUGAACGCCCUAUCCCCACUUUUACAGUACGGCGGCUCUAGUAGAAACCGACUCUGCUGCUGGUUGAAAGAACACGCCCCACCCCUCUUCCGACCUCUACCAACUCUGCGCUGGAAGAAGUUGGAAGAGGAGCUCUUCUAGACUCUACCGGAGGAACGCGCCUAUGGUCUGGUCUGCGAGGAAUUAUCCGAGACAGGUAAAUAAAGGUCUGCGUGCCCCCGGUAAAGGUGUUCCUGUAUCCGCCCCUGUAUUCGCAUUCCACAUUUUGAUUCAAGGUAAACAGUAUACAGGUGUAUAAUAAUUUUUAUUACUAAUAUAAUUUCUAAACUAUAAUUUCUAAAUCGUAUUUUGCAUUUUCUUAACUAGAGUUGUGCUAGAAGCGAGUCAUACUAGGAGAGUUUCCGCUUGCGGUAAUGUAUACCAUGCGGGGUGAAUCUCAUGGAAUCUAAGACUCUUCAUCCACUAGAUAAACCGUGUAGCCGCAGAGACCUUAGCGACAAUUAGACCACACAUACGGGAUUUGCGGCAAUUGCCGACUAGAAACAGAGUAUCUCCUCUAGAGAGAAGAGGCUAAAUUGCAGCAAUGAUAGUCAGAGGUACAUCAACAUCAGAAUUCUAGUUCCGUCAGUUCCAAUAGUGCUAACACGCUCCCAGUUACAUUUCACAUUGACCGCGUCCCCAAGC